AUGGUUUUUUUAUUCCAGUGCAGUACUUACAUGAUGUCUGAGGAAGCAGAAGUACCAGCAGUCAACGCCACUGAGGAUGCAGUCCAAAAGUCAACCCCAGUGAAGGAACAACCAGAACAUGAAGGUGACCCAGCUCCACCUAAAGAAUCAUCUGUUCCAAACGGAGAUUCCAAUGGUCAUCCUGAAGCUGCUGUAGACAAUCAAAAACCGUCAGAUCCGGUUCCAGCCGCUGAACCUGCAGCGGAAGACGCCGAGGAAAAACAGGAAACACCUAUGGAUACGUCUGAGCCUGCAGAAGCAACCGAAGCAAAAGCAGCUGGCGAUGUUCCACCUCCCGAAGACGAAAGAGCAGAGAGUGAUACCGAGAAGUGGGAGGUCGUUGACGAAGAAGAGAUCGCUAAGGCAAAAGAAGCUGAAGCUGCACAAGAGGCUGAGCAGGAGAAGAUCGAAAAAGGGAAAGAGGAGCCGGUGAAGCAGAGUGAAGCGAGACGAGAGCGACCUCAACACCGGUUGCCGAAACCACACAAGGAUGAUGAGCCAGCAAAGGAGCAGCAUGAAAAGACUGAGGAGAAGAAGGCAACCCCUGCCAAAGCAGCAGAAGACAUGGAUACAUCUACUGGAGAAAAUGAAGCGCCCAAAGAUGCUGCUGCAGAGCCAGCUGCUGCAACUCCAGGAAGAGGCAGAGGUCGUGGUCGUGGUCGCGGACGCGGCAGACCUGCUGGGACGACGGCGGCUGCUGCUGCUCGUACUCCACGUACGCCUCGUGUACCUGCUGCGGCUUCGGAGGAUGCACCAUCAUCGAUAGCAUCGUCACGCCCCCGCCGUUCUACCUCGACACGAGUUGACUAUGCUAAUCCGGACACUUCGACAGUCCUUGCUGAAGUGGAUGACGAAAUUCCUGGAAAGUUGUUCCGCAGUGGACGUGGUCGCGGUGGACGAGGAAGAGGAAGAGGUCGAGGGAAAAAGACAUCAGACACCGACAGCGACCAACCUGCUAGCGAUGAUGACGACGUGGAAUUCGGCACAAAGAAAAAGCGCGGUGCUGCUCGAGGUCGUGGUCGCGGUAGGGGACGUGGACGUGGAAGGGGAGGAGCGGCUGCCUCACAUAAGAAGCAUGAUGACUCUGAGGACGACGAUGAUAAUGAGAUGGUCUUCGACGAUUCCAAAUCUGAUGUUGAAGGAGGUGGCAGUGGCGAUGAGGUAAUGCCCUCAAAGAAACGAGGAGCAGGUGUUGACCAUAACCUGCCACCAAAAAAGAGAGGUCGAGCUGCUGAUGAUUAA